AUGGAGUCUAGCCAAUCCAACACUCAUGCCUCAAGAAGUGCACCUUCCAUUCAACCCCAAUCCCAAUCCCAAUCCCAAACAGAAAUAGAAACUGAAACCCAAUCACAAGUAGACUCAGGUACUGUGGGAGGGAAGAGGAAACCCCCAAAAUCUGUGGUGUGGCAACACUGCAAGAAAGUUCACAAGAAAGAUGAUAAUGGGAUCGAUAAGGUACUUGUAGUUUGCAACUAUUGUAAAUUAGAGAUGCCGGGUGAUUCUAGGAAAAAUGGGACAACCGGUAUAAGAAAUCACCUAGAGAAGAGAUGCAAGCUCUCUCCUCUUUUUGAGAGUGGAGAUAGAACUCAAUUGAUCUUGACAAAUUUCACUAUGGGCGGUCAAGCUCAAUUGGUUCCCCACACCUUUAAUCAACAAGGUGUGAAGCCAAAUGUGUGA